AUGAGAGAAGAUUAUGAUGUUUGUGUGUUUGACACAACAUUCAGAACAAACAAGUACAAUUUAGUUUGUGCACCGUUUGUAGGCGUCAACAACCACUGGAGUAAUGUGAUGUUUGCUUGUGCAUUUAUUGCUGAUGAGAAAACAACAACUUUUGUGUGGCUGUUGGAAGCAUUUUUGGAGUCUAUGGGAGGAAAAGCACCUAUCACUAUCUUUACUGAUCAAGAUCAAGGAAUGGCAAAUGCUAUUGAACAGGUGUUUCCUAAUACUAGACAUAGAUUGUGCUUAUGGCAUCUACGAAAAAAUGCAGUGUCAAGGAGUGAGAGCACAAACCAUGCGAUUGGAUUUAAGGGAAACAAAUCCACUACUCUGACAGAAUUCUUCCACAUUUUUGGGGCAACUGUUGACCGUUGGAGGUAUCAAGAGGGCCAAAACGAAUUUGACUGUGGAAAUGCUUUGCCCAAAUCAGAUUUCCCUAUGGUUGGUCUAAUUAAACAUGCAGAAAGUGUUUACACACUUACAUUGUUUCGAGAUUUUGAAAAAGAAUUCAAAUACGCCAUGGGCUGCAUUUCAACAAUUGACUACAUGAAUGGAAAUUUCCUUGGAUACAAAGUACAGCAUGAAUCAUGGCCAGAGCAUACAGCAAAAUAUGUUGCAUUUGAUCCAUCAGUCAAUUCCAUUGCUUGCACCUGCAAAAACUUUGAAGAAUCUGGAUGGCUAUGUUUUCAUGCAAUUCGUGUUCUACAUAUACAUUCUAUAAUCAACAUUCCGGAGCAAUAUAUAUGCAAAAGGUGGACAAAGUUUGCAAAAAGUGAAGUGUGGAAGAAAAUGGAACAAAAAGAAGAUAACAGAAUUGAAAAAAGAAAAAUUACUCCAUGGCGUUACGAAAUGGUUUUGAGAGAUGCUUUUACCAAUGCUUUUGAUAGCAUAAUUAAAGUACUAGAAGCAGAAAAGGCAGCAGAAAAUGAGUCAGCACAAAAAGCGGCAGAGGACGUUGCACCACCAUCAUCAUCAUCAUCAUCAUCAAAUGCACCUUUAGAAAGCCAUCAACCUCUUCCACAAAUAACGGUUCAAAAUCCACCACAAGUAAAGACAAAAGGAAGAAGUAAGAGAACACGAUGA